AUGAAUGAAAUCUGUUUGACAUAAAACCAUCAUAUAUUUCAAAUACUUUAUCAAUAUCUUCAAAAGCAUGGAAUGAACAUUAGCAAUUCAUAAAUGACUAAACUUUUUGAAUUGUUUAUCUAAACUUAUGAAAGUACGUACUAGAGAAAAGAAAUUAGAAUAGUUUAACUCAAUUCAAAAAUAUUCUAAAUCACAUAAGAUCUAAACAACUAUUAAAAUAAUAUAGAGAGAUAAUAUUAAGUAAUAAAGAAUAUCAAAAAUAAAAGAGAAAAACUUCAUUUUGAUCUUGAUAUUAAAGAAUCUCAUUUACAUUAGAUUGAAAUAUCGAUAAAUUAAAUUAAAACUUAUCCUUCAAUAACAUAAAAAAUUUGUGAUCUUAAAGAAGGAAUAAGAAUAUGUAGAGAGAGAUAUUUAUUAUUAAAAGAAGAGAAUGAAGAAUUUUAUAAAAUUUAGACUUCUCUAACUUAAUAAAAACAAUAAUUAAAAAAUCGUUAUAAAUUUGUAAAAUAAAAUAUUAAAUUAAUAAGGUUUAAGAUUAAAUUUAAACUAAUCUCAAAUUUUAUGAUGAAUUGAAAGAUAAUAGUAUCAAUCUCAAUUAAAGAUUGAUUAAAUAAUUGAAAACAGUGACAGAACUAUUUUAGUUAAAUCACAAAAGAACAAUAAAUUAAAAAUACACUAAUAUUGAUAAAAAUCCUAUCGAUAUUGAUGAUACAAGUAUAUUAUUUAUUAAUUUAAUUUGA